GUUUGAUCCGUCUGAAAGACCCAACGUUCUCGCCCGUUGGCCGGAGAGUGAGCGGCAGAGGUUUGCGGUUUGGUAUACCUCUGGGAAGCAGGCCGCUGGUCAGAAGGGUCCUAGAGUGAGGUUUUCUAGUCAGAUAGCUUCUAGUGAGAAGACCUACAGCCAGAAGACCACUAGUGAGAAGGCUCCUCGUCGGCAGGCCUCUCCUCAGGAAGCUUCUCGUCAGGUUCAGGGCGCCGCAGUCGGGCCUCUUACAGAAGAGGAGACAGCGUGGAUGAAGACACACUUUGGUAGCGAGUUCAGGUUUCUCAUACUCUGCCACCUGAAGGUCUACAAUGAAGAGGACCGCCAAGAAGGCCGUGUCAUUCUGCGCGCCCUGAUGGCCGAGGAUGAACCUGAGAUCAAGCCGCAGGACCCGAGCGAGCGUCGAGACCAAGUUUGAGAUUAAC